CCACUACAUGAAAGUUUGCCUAGAAUUUCAAGAUCAUGGAGUUGGACUGAAUGCUGCACAGUUCAAACAUCUGCUAAUUUCAGCCCUGAAAGACCUGUUUGGAAAGGUCCAUGCUGCCUUACCCUGGACAUCCUAACCUAUGAAGAAAAGACUUUGUCAGCCAUCUUGAGAAUAUGUAGCAGUGGUCUUGUCAAAUUGUGGAGCUCUUUGACCCUAUUAGGAUCCUACAAAGGCAAAAAAUGUGGCUUUCAGAGUGAUUCAGGUUUCUUCAUUUCUCCUUGCAUUAUCUGGUAAUAGUAGGGAACUAGUAUUGGACUGAAUAGCCUGCAAGUUCAGAAACAUUUCUUCACUCUAAAAAACAUUGUUUGGUCCCCGCUUGAUGUUGGAAGACUGAAGCAGGGUAAAAGCCUCUGUUUAUGAAAUUUGAGGGUGCUGAAAGAUGUUCCCAGUAAUUUCCAGCUGUCGUCUUUGGUGGGCUGGGCUUCGGAGGAGAGUCUGCCUAAACCAGCCAGUGCUGAACAGGCAGCAUUGUCAGCAUAUGCACGUCAAAGUUGGAGACCGGGCUGAACUUAGCAGGGCCUUCACAUACAGGGAUAUGGCUACCUUCUCAGAGUUAACAGGCGAUGUCAAUCCUUUGCAUUUCAAUGAAAAUUUUGCAAAACCCACCAAGUUCCGAAAGAUAAUUGUACAUGGGGUUUUGAUCAAUGGACUUAUCUCAUCUCUCCUGGAUACUAAAAUGCCAGGGCCAGGCUGUGUAUUUCUUUCUCAGGAAAUUAACUUUCCAGCCCCUUUAUAUAUUGGAGAAGUUGUUUUAGCUUCUGCAGAAGUGAAAAAACUAAAGCGGUUCAUUGCUGUUAUUGAAGUGUCAUGUUCUGUAAUAGAAAGUAGAAAGACUAUUAUGGAAGGCUGGGUUAAAGUUACAAUCCCAGAAAUUCCUAAAUCCUGAAAUAUGUGUUUAAAGAUGUAAGUUCUGACACCAAUGGCAUUGUUAUUAAAGAAUGGCUGGGGAAUCAGGGAUUAUUACUCUUCACCAAGGAAAGGCUAUAGGACCAGAAACCUAUAUUAGGGGAAGGGAACAGAGAUAGGAGUGUUCACAUGUCCACUCUCCAGUAUGGCAUUACAUUUCAUGCAGACUUGAGUGUAUGCAAGAUUUCAUCAUCUGUCUAGGUUUU